AUUUCAUCGAAGGCGGACACUACCAUUCCCAAUCUCCGGAGGCUUUUUUAUCCCAUAUUCCAGGUACGCUAUCGCCGACACAAAAUCAGCUUUAGUUUGUUUUGUCAGUUGCAAAAGCCUCAUCCUCGACCCUUGAAUUUCUUUCGAACGGAAAUCCUCUCCUGUUCUUUUUGUGCUUCAACAGGGAUUGCUGUCGUCAUGCCGAGAGGACCAAGGGCUGCAAAGGUGAGACCUCGCUGACUGUAAUUGAUUCAAACGCCAAUUUUACAUGAUCUUUCUCGUUUCAAAUCAAGAACCAUUCCAACCCUACUUUGACGCAUAUCUAUCCAUAUUUAGGGACUGCUGUUGGCAUCGAUUCGAUCGAAGGACCCCGUUGUCUUUCUCGAACCAAAGGCCCUCUACCGGGCAUCGGUGGAAGAGGUACCCGUGGACGACUACGAACUUGAGCUAGGAAAGGCAGAAGUCAUGCGCCCGGGAACGGACGUUACCGUUCUGGGUUGGGGCGGUCACCUCCGAGUACUGGAAGAAGCCUGUGAUCUUGCGGAGAAACAGGAGGGAAUCUCCUGUGAGCUCAUUGACCUGCAAACCAUCGUUCCGUGGGACGUGGACUGCGUCGCGAACAGCGUGCGAAAAACGGGAAAGCUGGUGGUCUCCCACGAGGCUCCGGUAUCGUCCGGGUUCGGGGCAGAGGUCGUUGCGAAGCUGCAGGAGGAAUGCUUCUACUCGCUGGAGGCUCCCAUUCAGCGCGUGUGCGGGUACGACACGCCGUUUCCACUGGUAUUCGAAAAGCAUUACAUUCCCGACAAGCUCAAGAAUUUCGAAGCCAUCAAGCGUGUAUUCGCCGACAGCAUCUGACAAAGCGUUGUGAUACACCCUAAGAAGUAGAUUGGCAGAUAAUUAUGUGUUGCAUUCUAUUUCAAGACAC